AUGGACGAGAAAGACUUGGCGGGCACCACACUUCGCAAACGAGCCUAUCAUAGAAAGGUGAGAACGGGGUGUCAAACCUGCAAGAUACGCCGAGUGCGCUGCGAUGAGGGCAAGCCUGAUUGUCAACGAUGUGUAUCUACGGGGCGGAAAUGCGAUGGCUACGCAAAAGAGGAUCGUAGCCCCUUGUCCGCCUCUGCACCACAAACCACCAUAAGCCCAGGCUCGACGCGGGCUUCUGAACCCUUCUUCGCUCGGUCACAACACACCACCCUGGCCCUCCGGCCUACCCUGCCGCAACGAUGCUCCAAAGAGGCUCGCAGCUAUCGUUACUUCCUCGAAGUCGCUGGUCCGUCGCUCGCUGGCGUUUUCGACGGGGACUUCUGGCUCGCCGAGUUACCCCGUGCUUGCCACGCAGACCCGGCAAUAUGGCACGCCGUCGUUUGUCUCGGCGCGGCUCACGAAACGAAUACCCUGGACUUCACCGUCGGUUCCUAUCCGCCGCAAAAGAUCUUCGCCCUGCAGCAAUUUAGCCACGCGAUCCGGUCGCUCACCGAACGACCCUCGCAGAGGACCGAUAUUUGGAGGGCCCUGACAAUCAGUGUCAUCUUCACCUGCGUCUGCAAGGUCCAGGGUCUCCAUUCGCAGGCACGCAUGCACCUCGCCUCGGGCCGUCAACUCCUCGAAGAACUGCAGUCGUGCGAAGAACAGCAGCCGGCACCACUUGGGGCCACUGCCACAGCAUCGACCGUCCCUCCGCAGACGUCCAGCAUCCCGAUAAGCCUCGCACCCUUGAAGGACCUGCUCCUGAAUCUCGAGGUCCUCGUCUAUUUCAAAGACAACGGAGACCUGAUCCAGGCCCCAGAGCUGGUAGCGGCGAGUAAGAUCUUCCAUCUGUGGCGUCUGUACGAGGCACCGCUGGAGACACCCACGGACUCGGGGACAGCUAGACCCUUGACCGUCGACAACUUGACACACGCCCUUCAGGCAAUCGAGUCACUCUUCGGCGCACUUAUCUACCUGCGUCAGCAGCUGGUGCGGCAAUCGUCAAAGACGGACCCCAACAUCGGCGACGGGGAUCUUGGCUACUUCGUCGCACGCGAGGCGCCCUACGUUCGGUGUUUCAAGCAAGUGAGAAAGGCGCACGACCUCUUCGUCAAAGAAACCAUCCGCAGCCCUGAGGCCCAGUCGGUCGUGCCUUACAAGGCGCUGCUGACCUUAUCGCUGGCCCUCGCAGCCACACGACUCAUAUUUGUCGGAGAUCCCGAGCUGCCCGACCAGAGCAAACGUGACGAGGAUCUUCCGCAACAGUACGAGUACAUUGUCAACCUCGCAGAGCGCAUCCUCAAGCCCGACCACCGUCAGCACCUACCGUUUGCCAGGUCUGGCACGCUGCAAUCUGCCCUGUUUGCCGUCGCGUACAUGGGGAAGCCUCAGAGUGUACGGCGCCGUGCGGUACAACUCAUGACGCAGUAUCCUCGACAGGAAGGAAUCAACAACAGCCUAGAGAGCGCCAGCAUCGCCAAUGCCAUCAUGACGAGGGAGCAGGAGCUGCUGCGACGGGAGCUUGUAGGACUAAACGGGACUUCUGCCACGGGCGAGGUCGAAGACCUCGAGGUGCCCCCGUUAAAGAGGCUGUUCAACUACACCGUAGAGUAUGUCGGAGCCCGGUCGGCCAUUGUGAAGCUGCACACUUGGGAGGAGCAUACUGAGGAACGACCAGGAGAGGAACGGACCAUUCGUUGGUGA